GUAGGACAAGUUGGUGUUGGUGAAUCUGUCGAGUCUGCUGUGGCUUCAGUAGGUCAGAACCUCUGUGGAGAGGAAGGAGGAUAAGAAAGUCAGACAAGAUGAUUUUGCUCCUUGCAAACGCUUUCCUGCUCUGGUCUUUGUGUGUGGCACAGUUAAAUGAAGUCUCUCAGCCUGUUUCUUUACAAACACUGAACCUUGGAGACUCAGCAACUAUCCAGUGUUACAUAAAAAGUCUUAUGACAAAAAGAGUUUGGUACAAACUGACUACUGAGAGGAAACUCCAGCUUGUGGCAUCGUUUGAUUCUCACUAUCGUCGCAGUGUACUUUCUGAUGAAUUUGACUGGCGUUAUUCAGUAUACUUUGACAAGGUCGACAGUCACCUGAACAUCGCUGCAACAUCAUGGGACGAUGUUGGGACAUACUUCUGUGGAGUAAUGCAUUUAAAUGAUAUUCAGUUCGGUUCAGGAACCUUUUUGAUGUUGAAAGGUGCAAAGAUGAUCAGUGACUCUGUCGUCCAGCAGCCAGAGUCUCAAUCAGUCCAGUCAGGAGACUCUGUGACUCUCAGCUGUUCUGUUCACUCUGGUCAAUGUCCUGCAGAACACAUUAGUGUCAUGUGGCUGAAAAACUCUGAUCAUUCAGCUCCUGAAAUGAUUUACUCUCCUGGUAACGAGAACACCUGCCAGACGGUCUCUGGAGUAGCUAGCUGUGUGAAUAACCUUCUGAUUAGGAACUUCAGCGAUGAUGGUGCUGGAAUCUACCACUGUGUUGUGACUUCAUGUGGACAAAUACUGUUUGGAAACGGAACUAAGCUCAUCUCUGAUUAUGGAAUGGAGUUUCGUGCUGUUCCCAACACAAUAUUUUUGGUGCUCAUCAUCUUCCUGAGUCUGGCUUUCUUACUGUGCUUCAUGUGUUGGACAAAGUGCUGCGACUGUACAGAGUCUCGGGGAGGAUUUUCAGCUUCCACCACAACCAGCGCAGAGAUCCAAGAUGGGGAACAUCUCAAGAUCACGGAGUUAAAAAGUCAGAGAGACGAUACCUGGAGUGAAUGCAUGUACUUGAGUGUAAAGAAGUACAACUGAACGUGUUUCAACUUUGUUUUUGCAUCACAUGAUUCAUCUUAUUAGUGUUUCUCUAUGUUUUUAGCAUUGCUUCAUCUAAAUAUGAUCAAUGCACAGUCUUACCCUGCAAUAAACUCAAUAAACAAGCUUUUCCA